AUGUCGUUCGCCGCUUUUCGCAAGUCCGAGCCACACAUUGACUUGGGCAAGUUGGCCGAAGAGCAUAUGAAGCAUGACCUGACCCAAGACGAUCGAGAUGCCCUUAUCAAAGCUUCAUCAAGAGUGACUGUUCCGGCCGUUAUUGGGACUAUUGCUGGGCUGGGUCUGGGUAUAUAUGCUGCGUUCCGGCUGCGGCGCAUUCGCACGGACCUGUUUGGCGCAUUCCGAGCCACAGAGAAGCCGACGCACGUAGUAUUCGCGGAUGGAAGAAGGGAGUCUAUACCCGACGUCACACGCUUUAUUCAACCGACUAGAUAUGGCGAUAUAGCUGCGUAUUUCUUCUUUGGUCUUGGUGGGACGAUAUUGGGUGGUGAGCUGGGCUUGCUCCUUGGGACGUGGUCGGCGUCACGAGCUAUUCGCAAAGACGAGGCGAGGCGCAAACGAAUUGAGGUCGCUUAUAGGCGGUUCAAAGCUGAUUAUCUUCGGCGAGAAGCUGAUCAACUAGAAUCCGGGGCUCCUCUACCGGACUUUUGA